UAUUUUCUAAAACAGUUAAGUAAUUUUCCUCUUUUUUUUUAUAUACCGACCUGUCAAACUCGCCAAACUACAUCACCAGUAUCUGAUCAAUGUGGCUACAGUGCUACGCUCAAAAUUCCGAUCAUCCUUGAGAUGAUUUAAAAAAAAAAAAAAAAAAAAAGUAUAUAAAAACAGAAACAACACGACAGUUUCGAGAACACGGCGAGAACAGCAAUAAAUUCGAAAUUAUGAGUAUGGCUACAAGCGGAAUUGUCGAGUCAUUUCCUACGGGUGCCCUGGUGCCCAAGGCGGAGACAGGAGUGCUAAAUUUUCUGCAAAAGUAUCCCGAAUACGACGGCAAAGAUGUAACCAUUGCCAUAUUUGAUUCCGGUGUGGAUCCUCGGGCUACCGGACUUGAGACGCUUGUCGAUGGCAAAACGAUUAAAGUGAUUGAGCGCUACGACUGCUCGGGAUGCGGCGACGUAGAUAUGAAGAAGAAGGUAACACCAGAUGAAAAUGGAACCCUAAAGGGUUUGUCGGGCACCACCUUGACGCUCAGUCCCGAGCUGCUGGCUCUGAACACGGACACUGACAAGGCGGUUCGCGUGGGCCUCAAGUGCUUCGGUGAUCUGGUGCCCUCCAAGGUGCGCGAUAACAUUGUAGCCCAGGCCAAGCUGAAGCACUGGGAUAAGCCCCACAAGAUUGCCACGGCCAACGCCAGUCGCAAGAUAUCUGAAUUCGAGUCACAAAAUACAGGUGAAGCCCCCAAACUGCCGUGGGACAAGAAAAUCAUCAAAGAGAACCUAGACUUUGAGCUGGAGAUGCUCAAUAGCUAUGAGAAGGUCUACAACGACGUUAAAACCUCGUACGACUGUGUCCUCUUUCCCACGGCCAACGGAUGGCUAACGCUCAUCGACACCACCGAGCAGGGCAACCUGGAGCGGGCCCUGCGCAUUGGCGAGUACUCAAAGACGAGUGACCUUCACAAGGCCAUCGGCUGCCUGGGUGAUGCGAAAUCCGUUUAUGUCAUAGAUCUCAGUGCCAUCCUCGGUACAAGUGUAAGCUGAAUUGGCAAUCACGUCAUGGGCUUCAGCCAUAUAAGAGGGACCAUGGCGCGAGUCGCUGCGAGAAGUUCGGGAAGUAAAUCGAAAUUAGCCAAA